AUGUCCCUGUUCGUCCCAUCGCCGUCACCAUUACCCGUCUCCUCCAACCACCUUCGCGAUUUUCCCAACUACCCUGUUGUCCGCCUCGCCGCCGUCGGCUCGCUAUCUCCUCGUGCUGCCCGUCGCCUCGCUAACCCCCUGUGCUGCCCGUCGCCUCGCUAUAUCCCCGUGCUGCCCGUCGCCUCGCUAUCUCUCCCUUCCCAUCCCGUCGCCUUGAUGUCUCUCCCUUCCCAUCCCGUCGCCUUGCUAUCUCUCCCUUCCCAUCCCGUCGCCUCGCCAUCUCUCCCUUCCCAUCCCGUCGCCUUGCUAUCUCUCCCGUCCCAUCCAGUCGCCUUGCUAUCUCUCCCUUCCCAUCCCGUCGCCUUGCUAUCUCUCCCUUCCCAUCCCGUCGCCUUGCUAUCUCUCCCUUCCCAUCCCGUCGCCUCGCUAUCUCUCCCUUCCCAUCCCGUCACCUUGCUAUCUCUCCCUUUCCAUCCCGUCGCCUUGCUAUCUCGCCCCUCCUGUCCCUUCCCGUCGCCUUCGCGCUCACCCCUCCCGUCCCUUCUCGACGCCUUCCCGUCGCCCUCGUGCUCUCCCAUCCCGUCCCGUCUCCCUCGUGCUAUUCAAACCGUCCCCUCGCCUUCGCGUUCUCCCUUCCUGUCCCUUCCCGUCCCUUCCCGUCCCUUCCCGUCGCCUUCGUGCUCUCCCCUCCCGUCCCUUCCCGUCGCCCUCGCGCCUGCCUUGAAUCAACCCUGCCGUCUCCUUUCCUCUCUCACCUCCCAUCCCGUCGCCCUCCCCAUGUUUACCCUCGCGUCCCGUCGCCCUCAUGUUCCCCCCUUCACACGUUGUUCCGUGUGA